ACGUCUUAAGAGCCAUUCUCUGUAAGGACCCCAGAUUGGGUUCAAAUGAAUGUCACCAAAUUUAAUAAAACUUAUAUGGAAAAUUAAAAGUGUAUAUGAGAUUUAUUUUGCAUAAAAAAAAAUUUGGCUGAGACACAUCAUAGGGGUUAUGGCCCAAAUAUUCAUUUCAGGGUUAACCCAUAGCAAACAGGCUAAACAAUCAACAAUUCGGUGUCAUUUUAUGAAAAAUCCCAAGAUAAGUUUAUAAAAUUUUAGCAAUAAUUUAAAGAUAAACAUACUGUAUUUAUUAUUUAUUUUAGUUUUGGAGAUGUGUUUUGUGUAUUAAGAAAAAGAAAUGCAUAUAAAAACUCUAAAUAUCUUGGUUUUGGCUAAAAGAGUUAUCGCCCUUUGUAAAACUCUCUAGUGACUACAGUGAAAGGAGGUAAAAACAGUCCGAUUUGUAAGCAUGUCGUCUGGAGUAUAUUUAUACAAACCUUUGGUUUUGACUAGUUUUAUACCAGUUUACAGUAUUUUUAUGACCUUACAUUGAUAACUUCAAAAGAAAGUAACCAACAUGCAAUGCAGCUUUGUUGGGAGAUGUGAAUUAGACUGCUCUGAAGAAAUACAGCAUCUCGUGAAUUUCAGCUCGGAUCAUGUUUGUAUUAUUUUAUCUGAAGUAGGCCUAAAACCUUGUGUUGCAUUCGCUAAAUACAACAACUAUCAAAUAUGCACGAGCCAUUUUAACUUUUAUUUGAAAUCAAAUACAAAACGAUCAAGAAGGAAGCUGUGUCAAAUCCCAAGUUUGCUAAGCUCCCACCCUCACAUAGACAACACCAGAGAAGAUGGACUUAGAUCUCUUCCUAUUCGUACGCAUAUAAAAAGUGCAAGCAGGGGAUUAAAGGAGAGUGAUAUCAUCCAUUUGAUUAGUCAUGCUGGUAUAACACUACCUGUGAAUACACCAUGCUGUACCAUGUGUCUUAAGAAAAUAAGAGAGGAACAUGAGAAUGAAGAGGAUCAUUACAUGGAGUGUUCAACAUCAGACAAAGACAAGCAACUGCAGCAAGCUACUUCCACUGAGACGGAAGGGUCUUACCUCUCAGAAGCAAGGGAACCACCUAGCAUUACAGUUACCGAAGAUACAAUUAGUACUCAAACUUCUUGUGAAAAUACUGAAAGUACAUGUAGCCUUUCUCAGACAUCUUGUGAAAGUAGCAUGGAAUGCCUCUCUCAAAACUCGAACCAGAGUUUUACAUUUAGCCAUGACAUUCAGCACCUGAAUGAGUAUCUUAAGAUAAUUGGUGAAAGAGAAUUCUCAGAUGAUGGAAGAUACCAGUGGGACUCUUACUCUAAGUCAGCUAAAUCUUACUACACCAAACGAUUUAGAAACAUCUUGACAAAAUUGAUCACCAUAAUUUUUCCAAAGAAUGUUGAAGAAGUGGUGAAGAAUCUUCUAGUGUCUGAAGAAAAUCAAAAAAUGACACCCAGUGUCAUACCUGAAGGAACAUUUGGACCACUCGUUCAUGCAUAUCAAACUUCAGAAACAUGGCAUCACAGACGGCAAAUUCUCUCUUUUUUUACGCAAACUUUAUCAUUCAAAGAAGCAAAAUCCCUUUUACCAAACAUAACAGAAUCAAAGUACUAUGCUGCUAAGAAUCAUGCAAAGAAUGUUGGCCCUGGUCUUCCUGUAGGUAUAACUUCUACAAGAAAAAGAAUGGAUCCAGUGAAGUUGGACAGUUUUCUGGAUUUCAUUACUUCUCCUCAUGUUAUCCGAGAUCUACCAUAUGGAGAAAGAAAGAUUAAAUUGUCAGACGGAACAGUAUAUGAAAUGCCAAACGUGAUUCGUUGCAUGGGAUCCAGUGAUGUUAUUCAACAGUAUAAAGCCUACUGCUCUGAAAAUAACAUUUCUCCUCUUGGUAAGUUAAAAUACAAAUUUCAGAUACUGAUUAAGUAA